CGACGAUUGACUACCUGUCAGGUAUAAUGGGGACUACCUGUCAGGUGUAACGGAAGGCUAUCUGUCGGGUAUAACGGAUACUAGUAUACAGAUAUUGUAGAAGACGAGUUUGACUUGCAAGUACAGGAAGCUGACAUCCAGGACACUGAGAACUACAAUCCUUGCAUGACUAUUCACCAUGAUCAAAUUCUCCAGCCAAUCACUGCCUUCCAUAGACUUCCGGAAGGGAGAGUCCAUAGUGAUCUACCCGAGCAGCAAACACCCGCCGACACUGGACGAGCUGAGGGUGUCCGGAGUGUCUACAUUUUGGCGUUCUCCCUACAAGAAUGAGAUUUAUACAGGGAUUACUUUCAACUCCCAUCCUGGAACCAAUCACCGAUACAUCACUCCCAAACCUCUGGGACAGGUGAAAGGAAUUCUGAAGAACAAGAGCAUAUCGAAAGACAGCGAGUCCGACAGUUCUGGGGACGAGAUCAAGAAACUCAGAGGAAUCCUCACCAAGAAAAUGGCCGAAGGCGCACUGAGGAAAAAGUCGAGUAAACGGGUUCAGUUUGAUGACAGGCUGGUCCGUCUGCACGAGAUAGGCAGACGACACGGAUACACGUCGUCUGGUGAGAGUGUUACCAGUGACGACAUAGACGAUUUCCAGCCAACCGUAAGACAUGUCGCGUUGAAGGACUCCAAAGAGACUGGGUCUUACAACGACAGAGUCAUGCCACAUGUUCCGAAAGCGCAAAGACUGUGCCACGAGGAGCUGAUAUCGUCAGAGGUAAAACUAUCGGGAAAUCUUGCCGCCAACCGGUGUUCCAGUGCUCCUGUUCUGAACAAUGAAAAGAGUUCCAGCAAGUCGUUAAACAAUCUGGAACAAUGGAUGAAAUCACCGGACAACAGGCAGUUCCAGGCUGAAAGCAGGUUGUCUCAAGAUAGCAUUGUGUUCGUUGAUGCAGACAGACAGACAGUUACAGACAGACAGACAGCUCCUGACAGACCAGUUCCUGCCAGACCAGCUCGGUCGUUCACAUCACCAGUAUUACUAUCUCAGCGAAGCACUAGGAAGCCUCUCUUCCACUACCAGUCUUCUUCGCGACACGACUCGACGACAUCGUCUUCCGACACGGCGUUGAAAAAACAUUUAGUUCAUUCGGCAAGGUCGUAUCCGCAGUCUAGAGUCGUGCCACAGGCCGCGGGUGCGCAGCACUUUGAAAUACAGGAAAUACGUCACCGUAAUUCAAACUACUGCAACCACGACAAGACCAAUCAAAUCAUUCGCUGGCUGAAGGACGUGAACAUCACGCAAGCGAGAGAGGGCAGGUGCACGGUUUUGCUUCCGGGAAUGAACGAACACAGGGAUAUGUGAUGUAGUAUGGAUUUCGAUUAAUUAUUAUGACGCAAUUUUUAUUUAACAUGUUUUUCCGACUCACAGGCUUGCUCAGAUAUAUAUAUAUAUAUAUAUAUAU